AUGAACGCGGAGGAGUAUUGGCGCAUGAAGGCCUGUGAGGCGGUGGAGGAGCACCACAGCAUGAUUCAGUCGCAGCGGGACGAGAUUGAGCGGCUGCAGCGCCGUUGCAACGAUCUCCUGCACGAGCGAAGUAUGAUGCGGGCGGCGGCGGCUGAGGACAUCCGGCGCUUUUGUGUGGAGCAUCAGCGAACGCAGCUGCUGCAACACUUCGCGGCAGGAGCGGCGGGGGCCUCAGCGGGGCGCCUGUCUGCGGUGUCGCCGAUAGACUCCAUCCCGCUGCAUCUACUGCUGCAGUUCUUGCACCAGUACAGCGCCGGGAUGGUACCAAUGACGGAGAACAUCAAACGGAAGCGGUCGCGGGAAACCAUGAACACUGGGUGUGUGCCGAAAAACUUGAGCCAGCAACGUCUAGUUCAACGUGCGGUGGCGCGCCGCCGACUGCGGAUGCGGGAGGACGAAACGAUGGAGGAAGUGUUGCAGGAGCAUGGUCAGCCGCACGAGCCGCGUCCGUGCGCCGAUGCGGCCCGGUAG